AAACAUAGCGUCAAGCCAAACAAAAACCAACAUAAUACUAGUAUACCAGUAGUAUAGUAAUAAUCUGCUGUCAAGGGCCAGAACUCCACUUGCAUAAAAAGUCAGCUUCAGCUUCAUUCCCACCUCCUGUGUCUCUGUCCUUUUACCAAUGAGAUUAAUAAAAUGAGCAAAGACACCUAAAUUUCUCCAGACCCAGAUCCCUACUACAACAACCCCACCAAAGAAAACAGAGAAAAAAAAAAGAGCUGUAUGUAACAAGAAAAUCCAUUACAAAGAAGCAUGGCAUUGGCCAAGUAUUCCAGAGUUGAUGGGAGGAAGUCAUCAAGUUAUUGUUCGACUGCUACUAUAGUUGUGUUUGUUGCUUUUUGUUUAGUUGGGAUUUGGAUGUUCAUGUCCUCAUCAGUUGUUCCAGUUCAGAAUUCAGAAUUGUCAUCUCAGGAGACCACAAAUGAGGUGAAACCAACAGUGCCAAAAAGUGUUUCUAAGCAAUUUGAUGAUACCUCAGGUGAUCUACCCGAAGGUGCACCAAGAGAAGAUGCCACUGGUAUGCCUCAUAAAGAAUCUGAAAAUACUGAUGAGGAUAAUAUGACAGAGAACUUAGUGGUUGAGAGAAAAAAUGAGAACACGGAGUCCCAGAAUUCAGCUGAGGAAAACCAGGAAGAGAAUCGUGCAAAUGAGAGUUCUGAUGAGAAAACUAAGUCAGAAAAUGAACUGAAAAUGGUGGAUGAAGAUGAUGGGAAUGGAAAUGGGAAAGAUGGGGAAACAAAUGCAAGAGAGGGAGAAUCAAAUUCAGAAACUGGAGAAGCAGAGAAUGAAGGUGGUGAAAUGAAUAAAAAUUUGCAGACAGAAUUAGAGGAGAGCUCAGGUGAAAACAGAUCUGAGUCAGCUGAGGGUGAGAAGAACUAUGAGGAAGAAGAAACUGCAGAUAAAACUAAAAGCAUUGACAAAGAGGCUAUUUCGACUGAGGAGAAGAAUGACCAAAAUCAAGACAAACAUUCAGAACAAAGUGCUGUGAAGAAUAGUGUGGAAAGCCGGGAAAACAGUCAAGCUUCAAAUGAGAUGCUCCCUGCUGGUGCUCAGUCAGAAAUUUUGACUGAGUCUACUACUCAAAAUGGAGCUUGGUCAACUCAAGCAGUAGAAUCACAGAAUGAGAAGAAAUCACAACACUCUUCAAUAUCCAGUGAAAAGAAUGGCCACCAUUGGAAAGUCUGUAAGUCAACUGCUGGGCCAGACUACAUACCUUGCCUAGACAAUUGGCAAGUUAUCAGAAAGCUUCCAAGUACAAAGCACUAUGAACAUCGAGAGAGGCAUUGUCCUGCGGAAGCUCCUACAUGUCUUGUCCCUCUACCUGAAGGAUACAAGCGCUCAGUAAAGUGGCCUAAAAGCAGGGACAAAAUAUGGUACUACAAUGUCCCCCACACCAAGCUUGCAGAGGUUAAGGGGCACCAAAAUUGGGUUCAAGUAAAUGGUGAAUACCUUACGUUUCCUGGUGGUGGAACUCAGUUUAAGAAUGGUGCACUUCAUUACAUUGAUUUUAUUCAAGAUUCUGUUCCAGAAAUUGCGUGGGGAAAAAGAAGCCAUGUGAUACUGGAUGUUGGGUGUGGGGUGGCUAGCUUUGGAGGCUAUCUUUUAGAAAGAGAUGUUCUUGCAAUGUCAUUUGCUCCUAAGGAUGAGCAUGAAGCCCAAGUGCAGUUUGCACUUGAACGUGGAAUUCCUGCCAUAUUAUCUGUGAUGGGCACCAAAAGGCUACCUUUUCCUAGUUCUGUCUUUGAUCUUGUGCACUGUGCACGUUGCAGGGUCCCUUGGCACAUUGAAGGUGGCAAACUUCUGCUAGAGCUCAAUCGUGUCCUGCGACCUGGUGGUUACUUUGUGUGGUCUGCUACUCCAGUCUACCAGAAGCUCCCUGAAGAUGUUGGCAUUUGGCAAGAGAUGUCUCGGCUAACAAAGUCAAUGUGCUGGGAUCUGGUGGUCAUUAAAAAGGACAGACUGAAUGCUGUCGGAGCUGCAAUUUAUCGAAAGCCAACUUCCAAUGAGUGCUACAAUAAAAGAUCUAGAAAUAUACCUCCACUUUGUGAAGAAUCUGAUGAUCCUAAUGCAGCCUGGAAUGUACCCCUUCAGGCAUGCAUGCACAAAGUGCCAGUAGAUUCAGAACGUGGAUCCCUUUGGCCUGCACAAUGGCCAGAACGGUUGGAACAACCUCCAUAUUGGUUGAAUUCUCAGGUUGGCGUUUAUGGUAAAGCUGCUCAGGAGGAUUUCACUGCCGACUACAAUCACUGGAAAACAGUUGUCUCCCAGUCAUACUUGAAUGGGAUGGGAAUCAACUGGUCUUCUGUGAGAAAUGUCAUGGAUAUGAAAGCUGUUUACGGAGGGUUUGCUGCAGCCCUGAAAGACUUGAAAGUGUGGGUUAUGAAUGUAGUUCCAAUCGACUCUUCUGAUACACUUCCAAUCAUCUAUGAACGUGGCCUGUUUGGAAUAUAUCAUGAUUGGUGUGAAUCGUUUAAUACAUAUCCCAGAACAUAUGAUGUUCUUCAUGCUGACCAUCUCUUCUCUACUACCAAAAAGAGGUGCAAGUUGGUUACAGUAAUUGCAGAAGUUGAUCGAAUUCUGAGGCCAGAAGGAAAGCUGAUUGUACGAGACAAUGGUGAAACCAUAAGUGAGGUGGAGAGCUUGGCUAAAUCUCUACAAUGGGAGAUCCGGAUGAUUUAUUCAAAAGACAACGAAGGAUUGCUUUGUGUUCGCAAGACAUUUUGGCGUCCCACUGAGGAAGAAACUAUAAAGUCGUCCAUCAUUUGAUUUGACGCACUUGGCGUGAUACUACAAAUUCUUUUUGCAAGGAUGUUAUAAUAUACCAUAGGUCUAGUGAUCCAUUUGCAAAUGUAAAAUUAUAUAGUUGAUUUAUUUUAGACCUGCUUAUAUCAGUUACAAUUUUUGUGUCCAUUUUCCCUGGUUGAGUUAGAAUGUGUAAUUUCAUUACUAUGAAUGUUAAUGAAAAUCAAAUUCAUUCUUGAUGUUA